AUGGAGACUGACGGGUCUGUUUUAAAACUCCCCAUAAGCCACAACACUUUUCCUGCAAAAUUAUGGAAACUGGUUAAUGAUCCUCACAACAGUUCAGUCACCUGGAGCCCGAAUGAAGAUGGAGUGAUAAUCAACCAGCAGCAGUUUGAGAUUGAACUGAUGUUACCCGUCAAACAAAAUCCCAAACUGUUUAAGACCACCAACUUCCAUAGCUUCAUCCGUCAGCUCAAUCUGUACGGUUUUAGGAAGAUGUUAGAUGAUUCCUCAAAGGCCAGACAACUCCACCACUUUUACAAUCCCAACUUUAGAAAGGAUCAGCCUGAACUUUUGGUCAAUCUAAAGAGACUGACCAUCACUAAUAGAGUCAAGAUGUGCGGAGAGACAGCGAUGGAUUGUGCACCAAGGCCGAUCCGUCGAAAAUCUGAGCACAGCACCGCAGAUGAGAACCAAGGCUCUGUACAUCCAUAUCAGUACUACGGUACUGAAUCCCAUCAGCUGAGAUCACAUGAUCGAACCCCGAUCGCAUCCCAUCCCUUGAUCUUUCACUACGGUGAUGUAUCUCCCUUCUACAUUGACAAGGGAAUCCCAGUUUCUGUUUUGAGGCGAUAUCCACCUGACAUCUCUCACGGGUUUGCCUUUACCCCUAACACCAUGCUGCUUCACCAAGAGCCAAAAUAUGUACCUGUACCAUUUUACUCACCAUACACAUCAAGAUAUUUCCCACCAGCUAUUUGUCAGUGUAGCAGAAGUUGCUUUAUGGAUGUGGACAGAACAGGCUUUGGUCAAUAUUCAUUUGCCCCUUAUGGUUAUUUCCAGCAGAACUAUUCUGUGAAUGACCCCCACAUCAGAAAUCAAACUCAAGAUUGUAUACCAAAGGAUAGGGGUGACAUCAACCUGGACACAGUGUUUCAGAUGGUGGAUGAGUUUCAGGGUUUACCUAAUGUUGACAUAGUCCAAGUGGAUUCUCCUGUAAAACCCCAACACAACUCUGGCUUAUCUGACCCUUCUGGAUCUGCUCUUUACACUUUACCUGCUGUAUCUGAGCUUGAAUCUCUCAAUGACCAAAGCUCCAGGCCCAAUACUGUGUCAUUAAGUUCUGUGCCAAGCCUGGAUUCCUCUGAUGGUGCUUGUAGAAGGCGCACCGAUAACAUCAAUCUAGAGGCUUAUAAACAGUACAAUGACAUAAUGUCUAAAUACAGCGUGAAUCAGGUCUUACAUUCAUCUUCUAAGGAAAGGAUCAUAACCACACAGGACAGCAGAACGCUUGGAAAAUAAUCACUGCAGCUGCUUUGAUGACACUCGAUGUUCCCCAGCAGAUGCUCAUGGCAGACAUUAAAAUAUCAAUCAAAUAUUUAAAUAUAUCAGUAUUUCUCAAUGCUCCAUGUUAAACAAAUAUUUAGCAGUUAUUUAUAUUU